ACAAACUUUCAAGGAUUUCAAGGACCCGUUGGAACCCUGAAAAUAAAGGUUUUGUCAAAUAACCUUACAACAUUAUUACAUUUCAUUAUUUCAUUGUAUUUAAAUUUGUUUUGGCUUUUUUUUAAAUGAAUAAUAUAAUUUAUCAACCUGAAUAAUUUGAGUUACACCAGAAAACCAGGUUACAUUCAGUCAGAUCAGGUACAAUAUACUUCAUCUUUGUUUACUGUGCUUAUAGUUUGCUCUCAAAGGCUAAAUGUAAAAUGCUCUUUGAUUUAUAUAAAUGCAAAUCAUGAACAUAUAACUAUAAGUAUCAUGAAUAUAUAACUGCAUAUAGAAAUGUAAUCCUGAUCUAAUGUACAGUAUAUACUGUAUGUAAUGUCUUUUAGGUUUCAUUUGAAGUGAUGUCUGGACUGCAGAUCAUCUCAUUCAUUAUCAUCAUCAGCUCUGUGUUACUACAAACUCACUCAGCUGAUGGUGAUGUUUACUCAGCUGUACUUCCACACACAGUAACAGCUCUGACAGACUCUUGUGUGCUGAUACCCUGCACAUUCAAUAUCAGUACAUUUGAGAAAAAACUGCAGAACAAAACACUUUCUGGGAUUUAUGGGAUUUGGCUGAAAAAGAGACAUGACUUCAAUAAUGACAAGAGUUCAGUAGUGUUUAACAGCAGUCAAAACAUCAUUCAAGGAUUCAGACACAUAGAGAUGAUUGGAAACCUCACUGAGAGAAACUGCAGCACUGUCUUCUAUAACAUCAUGAUGAAUCAUUCAGACCCGUAUUACUUCAGACUAGAAAUGAAGCCAAAUGUGUUCGCAGCAACAUUUACCACUCAACAUGGUUCAAUUGAUUCAAGCAAGACUGUGAGGAUCAAUGUCAUAGAUUCACCACAACCUCCUGAGCUUAUAUUCAGUCCAGAUGUGUCUAAUCCUGUGAUGGAGGGCACUGCAGUGAAUCUGAUCUGCUCUGCUGAAGCUCCCUGCCCCAAACGACCUCCUACAUUAUCCUGGACUAACAUCCCCAAAUCUGCCAACAUUAUAACACAGUUACAGGAGAAACCUGAUAAAACUCAUUCAGUGUUUUCCUCAAUGACCUUCAAUGCUUCAUACAUGGAUCACAGGAUGAACAUCUCCUGCACUGCAACAUAUCCAAGAAACAUCUCCAAUAACACAACUGUGAACAGCACAGUAAUGCUGCAAGUUCUGUUUCCCCCAAAAGAGACUCAUAUCAUUAUUGAACCAUCUGCUUCAGUCACUGUGGGCACUAAUGUAACUUUCACCUGCCAAAGCAAAGGCAGUCCAUCAAAUAACAUGACGUACACCUGGAACAAACGUGGACAGAAGACACCUUUAGCAAAGGAAAAGAAGAUGAGCUUCACUGUAACUCAUAAUAAUGCAGGAUGGUAUUUCUGCACAGCAAUGAAUAAACAUGGCAACCAAUCAUCAGAAGAUAUUCAACUGUUAAUCCCAGGAUCCUUUAAAGCUGUGAUUUAUGGCUGUAUAGGAGGACUUUUGGCUUUGCUUGUGAUUUCUGCAGUAUUUUAUUAUAUGAGGACAAAGACAUUGAGUCAGACCAAUACCAGAAGAAAAGACCAGACCGCAGAUAAAAAUGAAGACAUGCUGGAUAUCUAUUCUAACAAUGCUAUUGAGAUUAACAUGAAGAGUGAAAUGUCUGAGAAAGAAACUGAUGAGGUCCACUAUGGAGAGAUUGACUUCUCCAAACCACACACCGCUCACAUAAACAAGAUAAACCCAGAGACAGAGUAUGCUGAGAUUCAGAGAAAGAGACAAAUCAACAGUGUUCAGAAACAAGAGGAACUCUACGCUCAGGUCAAGAUAAAGUGAAUGAAUUAACUUUUUAAUAACAUUGUACAAUUAACCAGAUGAAUAAGACAUUUCCCAUUCUGAUGUUAUAACAAAGAAAAAGUUAAAUUGGUUCUGAAUCUGCAAAAUCUUUGGAAAUACCACAGCUACUGUUUUUUUGUGCUAUUGUGUCUUUUUGGUAUGGCGUUUGAUAAAAUCGUGGACAUUUUUAUACAAACAGCAAUUGUUAUUAAUGCAUUACAUAAACACUUCUGUUAAAUCUUGACCACUAACAGAGUUCAGAGAUAACUGUCAGGAGUUGUGUCAGGUGUUUAAUCUUUUUUGUUUACCUGUGUUGUGUUUUCUCUUAGUCCAGUAGUUUUGUUUUGUUUUAGUCCAGUCUACAGUUUUUGACCCUUUCCCUGUUUGUUUCGUUCAUUUGUUUUUGUUUAUUUUUCCCUGUGUUUGUUUGGACACAUGGUCUUUCUGCUUUAUCCCAUACCCCUGGCUACUUCUACUGUCAGUUUAUGGGUUGGUCUCACUUCUUUGCAGCAGCAUGGAUUACCAGCAUCUCUGCAUAUUGGACUAUUACCCUCUCAGAUCUCCAUUCAUCAGUGCAACCAUACACUGGAUUUUUAGUUGGUCUCAAAGCCGUAUGGAGUUCAUGGGAUUUUUCCCACCCGAAACCUGACGUGAGGCAUUGACCGUUGUCUGAGCACUACCAACGCUCUUGUGAAGUUUGCUUGGGCUCUUUUGCUUGCAUCAAACAUUUUGUUCAAAUAAAGCUUUUGUAUUAUUCACCUGCACUUGAGUGUCCUGCUGAUCCUUGACAACAACAGACUAGUUGUGGCUUUCUGUUUAAAGAUGUAUUUUACAUCGAUACAAAAUG